AUGAUUCUUAUCGGCGAAAUUGGUGGACAGGCAGAGGAACGAGCUGCCGAAUUCUUGAAAGAAAACAAUGCGGGAUACAGUGCGAAGCCUGUGGUUUCUUUCAUUGCUGGUCAAACGGCACCACCAGGACGACGGAUGGGACAUGCCGGUGCGAUCAUUGCAGGUGGCAAGGGCACUGCAGCUGACAAAAUUGCCGCUUUAAAAAGUGCUGGCGUUCAUGUUGCUGCAUCACCGGCACAAAUGGGUACACUGAUGGCGAAAGCAUUACUGGAGAAAGUCUGA